UUUUAAUUAAAAAUGGGUAAUUAUUUUAGAACUGUACCAAAAGGACCAUUGGAAGAAACUUUGAUUCAUUUCCUUAAAACAAGAAAACUCUAACAUAUAAAUGAUGUAAAGAAAUAUGGAAUUUUUAGUGUAUAGAAAUGAUAAAUGAUUCUUAUCCAACUAAAAGCACUUUAAUAUUAGAUGAAUAUUUAGAUGUAUUUGGUGGAAUUCUAGAAGAAUGGACUGAAUAAGUAUUUUUAUUAUUAGAAAAUAAUAAUUCAGCUGCUGGAUAAGUAGAUAUUUAUGAAAGUUUAGCUGUCAUAGUAUAAAUUGAUUUUAUCUAAUAUAGAUUGUCUUUUGCGGAGAAGAAUUUAACAUUAAAUUAGAAUUCAUAUAUAAAAUGUUUGAUUUUGAUUAAUCAGGUGAAAUUGAAAAAAAAGAACUCAUUAUGACAUUAUAAACAAGUAUAAGAGCAUUAUGUAAAAUUGCAAAACUGUAACCUCCAGAACUAAAGGAUUUAGAAUAUUUUUCAGAAAAAAUGUUUAUUUAAUUAGAUUCAGAUAGGAGUGCAUCAAUAUCAUUCCAUGAAUUCAGUAUUUGGCUAUUGAAUUCAUGGGAACUAUAAGAUUUUAUGUUAUAAUAUGCAUUAAUACAAACAUUUGAAAAUGCUGACAGAAGAGCUAAAGAAAGACGUAUAUUCUUUUAAAAGCUUUAUGAGUCUGCUUCAGGAGGAGAAAAUUAAUAAUAUUGUGAUGCUGAUUCAAUAAAAUCAUUAUUUCUAACUGAACUUAAAGAAUAAAAGAAAGAUACUAUUGAAUUAUUAAUUGAAAUAUUAAUUUAAUCUACUAAAAUACAUUAAAAGCAUGAUGAAAUGAAUUCAUAAUAUCCUAAUGGAAUUUUAAAAGAAGCUUAUGAAGAUAUUAUGGCAGCAUGGAGUGCUUUUGAUGCAUCUGAUAUUAAUUCUGAUAACUAAACUUCAAUUUAAGAAUUGAAAUAUUUAUUAUAUGCUUAUGAAGGAGAUAAACCAGACUUAUUUAGAAUUAAAGAAGAAAUGAAAAUAUUAGAUAAAGAUAAUUCAGGAUAUGUUUCAAGAGAAGAAUGGAUUCAAUAUUUAUGUGUUGAAGAUAAAGGAAAAUUUUAAUUUAGAGGAAAUCUUAAAUAACUCUUUAAUAAAUAUGAUAAAGAUAAUAGUGGAGCAUUAAGUAUUCUAGAAAUUAAAUAAUUAUUAACAGAUAACAUGAAAGAUAUGUAAACUAAAUUUAAAGUUUGAAUUAUUUUAUUUAUUUCAUAGUUAAAAGGCUAAAAUGAAAACUUUGAAGAAAUGGUUGCUUAACUUGCUCAAGAAGUAGUUGAUGACUUAAAUUCUGAAAAUGACAAGCAAUCUAAUGAUAGAACAGUAAUAAUUAUUAUAAUUAAUCUAGUUAACCUGGGUAGAAUUUAAAAAUUAUAUGGAUCAAGCAGUUCUUAAAUUAAAUAAACUAAAAGAAUUUUUAAAGUCCGUUUGAUAAAUUAAGA